AUGACAUCAGAAAGCGGACUUUCAUACGAGAUUGGGCACGCCACCUAUUUUGCCAACUCGAAAUAUCCCAGAAAGAACGUCGAAUUAGGGGCGAACACACACAUGAAGACAGAUAACAGUGGAUUCACGCCAAUUACUGUGAUCGUGGCCAACGAGAGUCAGGUCACAGCAAAAUUCCUGGACACGACAAUCGCCAACUAUCUUUCCGGGGACGACGUUUUCUCGACAGGCUUUCUGAGCUCGAUUUAUAUCACAUCCCCACGAUCCAAAGUUACCAUCAAUAGGACAGCUCUCGAGUACAUGAACCAAACUGGCGUCAGUCAACUCUACUUAGAUUCGACAGCAUUCAAAGACAUCCCGGAUCAUGCUAUUUCAGUCCACAGCAAAGUAUAUCAAGGGCUUGCGCCCGGACCCUACACGGCGUUGAUAUCAGCGAAAACGGUCAGCUUUCUGGAUACCUACCGCCUGUAUGGAGACACCUACCGCAACUUCAUUACCGGAAUAUAUCCGUCGAAUGAUGGGACAGGAUCGUUUGUUACACUACCAUCAAUGAACCCCCGAGUUUGGGCACCCAUGAUACCGGUCCCAAGUCGCAUUUACUCCUGGAACGAUUCACGGCCACUAGCGGGCAGGAGAGUGGCCGUUAAGGAUAUUUUCGAUAUGAAGGGGCUCCAAACAUCAGGAGGUAGUCAAGCUUGGAUUCAGAUCACUCCCAUAUCAAAUUCCACAGCCCCGGCCAUAAAACGCCUGAUCGACCUGGGGGCAGUGCUAGUAGGAAAGUAUAAACUUGCCCAGUUCGGGUCUGGGGCCAAUCCAUGGGACUGGACCGACGAACAGUAUCCAUUCAACCCUCGUGGAGAUGGCUACCUGACAUGUUCAGGCUCAUCAUCGGGAGGAGGUUGCUCGGUAGCCGCGUAUGACUGGCUAGACAAUGCUAUUGGGACCGAUACGGGGUCAUCCAUGAGACGUCCAGCGGCAGUAUCGGGCACGUUUGGCAAUCGGCCCAGUCAAGGGAUGAUGACUCUGGAUAGAGCUAUACCGGUCAGCUGGGGCCAAGAUACUGUUGGUGUUUUCGGCCGUGAUCCAAAAGAAUGGGGGAAAUUCGUCAAGGCCUGGUGUAUACCGGACUUGUAUCAAAAUUCCUCGAUAACAGGCCUGCCUCCUUUAUCAGUCCCUGACACACUGGCAUUUCCUCGCCGUAUCCUUUAUCCGGACGAGUACUUUCCCAUGAAAAAUCCUUCAGCUCAGACUAUCUUCCAGUCAGCCCUCACCCGCAUGGCUGAUCUCUUCAACAUGAGCACUCACCAUUUCAAUUUCAGCAACACAGUCAAGUCUGCGUCCAUUUUUUCUGAUACCAAGGCUAACUGGGCGCGUUUAGCCAACGACACAGUCUCCUUGAACGUGUGGCCCCAGUACGUCGCCGUAACCCGACCCCUACUCUCGACCUGGGCCGAACGCGAUGACGGACGAUUCCCGCCAGUCGAUGGCCAGCUGCGGGCCCAGUGGACCCAAAUGGACAGCUCCUUCAAUAGCCAAAAGGCAUAUGACCGAGCAUUAAGUUCCAGAGCCAAGGCUGUCGAGUGGUUUGAAAGACACAUACUAUACCAGACGAAUAAAUCCUGUUCGGAAUCUCUGAUUGUCUGCGAUGAAAACACCGGUGGCAUACCUAGCUUCCGGGAGCACGAUCCCAGCAUAGGGCCCAACGCGACUCUUUUAUCCAAAUAUCCAGAGGGUGCCACGAUACCUUGCUAUGAAAUCUGUCCUCUCUUCGGCUGUGCGGAUGUGACCAUCCCUAUAGGCCAGGUUCCGUAUCUCUCGCCUAUCAGCAUGGUAGUCGAGCAGUGGCCGGUGAGCUUCAAUCUGAUUGUCCGCCGCGGAUGUGACUUUGUGCUUUUGAAUAUGGUGGAGAAAAUGGCGGAGGCGGGGAUUAUCAAAUCGGUGAAGACCGGACGGACGGCAUUCUAA